CGUAUGCAGUGGCCGAUCAUGAUGUUUGAGAUCGAGUUGCUGCACUAGUAUAAACUGUCACUUUUACAAUUAUGUGGGGUAGGUAGUUGCUGGUUGUCAUAGAAUGAUUAAACUAGAAUGUUAUAAAAGCGCAUCGCAGUCAUUUUUUUAAACUUCUCCUUUGGUAACAACUCUGGUGGCAACAACUCACAUCUGCAGAUAACCCAAUUCGAUUGCGACUAAUCCUUCCGUAAGAGAAAAACACUCUUGUGUAAAAUUUUUUAAUACCUUGAAUUGAAAAGCAGUAUCUAUAAGGAAAUUAAAUGAACAAAAUAAAUAAACUAAUACUGAAUGAAUAAGUACAAAAAUAACAAAGCAAGAUGGAAUUAAAUGUGUAAUAGUGGUUGAAGGCGUAAAAUGUAAUACUCAUUGAGGCACUGGUAUUGAUGCAACACAAGACUGGGCCAGAGCAACGAACCCUAACUUUAUUCAACAUCUAAAUCUACACAAACCUCCAAACAUUUUUUGCACUACAGCAAUGAAUUAGCAAACUUCUUAACAUCCUUGUGCUAUUUCGAGUUAAUCAAUUAAUAAAACACACUACAUCAAAUUAAAUUGAAGUUAUGUCCAGUAGUUCCGAAAUGAAUGCUGGAGGUGAUGGUGUUCAUAAUGGCAGCGGCUUACACCAAGUUGAAUCCGAAACCCUACACUCGCAUGCCCGAGUGAAGCACGUCGAAACAAUCGAGAUGCCAAAGUCCAGCAAUCCUAAUGAAGCUUUAACAAUACCAGCCAUCACAACAACUACAGCGGCAACGCAGCUCUUAUCAAAAAUAAAGCAAGAAACACAACAGGUGCACAAAUACAAUGAUCUCCUAGAACGUGGCUCUUGGUCUUCUAAAUUAGACUUUAUCCUAUCCGUUGUCGGUCUCGCCAUUGGACUGGGCAAUGUUUGGCGGUUUCCAUAUCUAUGUUACAAAAAUGGCGGUGGUGCCUUUCUUAUACCUUAUUUCAUGACGCUGAUAUUAGCUGGCAUACCUAUGUUUUUCAUGGAACUAGCUUUAGGACAGAUGCUGACAAUCGGAGGAUUGGGCGUUUUUAAAAUCGCGCCCAUAUUCAAAGGUAUUGGUUACGCUGCUGCUGUAAUGUCGUGUUGGAUGAACGUUUACUAUAUAGUAAUUUUGGCGUGGGCCGUGUUUUAUUUCUUCAUGUCCAUGAGAGCGGAUGUGCCUUGGCGUUCUUGCAAUAACUUCUGGAAUACCGUGAACUGUGUCAAUCCCUAUGAACGAAAUAAUUUACAUUGCUGGGAGAAAUCUAUUAACGGAACGAUGAAAAAAAUUUGCAAACUUGCCGCAGCGAAUGUUUCCGCCUCAGAUCUAACAGAUCCAGUGAAAGAAUUCUGGGAGCGACGUGCAUUACAAAUAUCUGAUGGCAUCGAACAUAUGGGCAAUAUUCGCUGGGAAUUGGCCGGUACGUUGUUAUUGGUAUGGAUAUUGUGUUACUUCUGCAUUUGGAAAGGCGUCAAAUGGACAGGAAAAGUUGUUUAUUUUACCGCACUGUUUCCAUAUGUACUACUAACUAUACUUCUUAUUCGAGGCAUAACCCUGCCUGGAGCCUUUGAAGGGAUAAAAUUCUACGUGAUACCACAUUUUUCGAAACUUACUGAGUCAGAAGUAUGGAUCGAUGCAGUGACUCAAAUUUUCUUCUCAUAUGGACUUGGUCUUGGGACACUAGUUGCACUGGGAAGUUAUAAUAAAUUUACAAACAACGUAUACAAAGACGCUUUAAUUGUAUGUACAGUCAACUCAAGUACCAGCAUGUUUGCAGGAUUUGUGAUAUUCUCAGUGGUGGGUUUUAUGGCGCACGAACAACAGAGGCCGGUUGCGGAAGUGGCUGCAUCUGGUCCGGGACUGGCAUUUUUGGUGUAUCCUUCGGCUGUGUUACAACUUCCUGGCUCACCACUAUGGUCGUGUUUAUUCUUCUUUAUGCUUCUUCUAAUUGGUCUCGAUUCACAGUUUUGUACUAUGGAAGGCUUCAUUACUGCCAUUAUUGACGAGUGGCCACAACUGUUGCGGAAGCGCAAAGAAAUAUUCAUAGCUGUAGUCUGCACGCUUAGUUAUCUAGUGGGACUUACGUGUAUAUCACAGGUCAGUAUAUUUAUGUUAUGUUUGUACAUGAGUGAGUGGAAAAUUUAG